GGGCAUAGCUCGAACAAAGAAGCUGGGUUAAACCUCCCGUGUUUGUACCGUUGCAUAUAUGUGUAUAUCGCGUCUUGCGUCACUUGGUGUGUUAUUUGUAUAUAGCUAUAUAGAUGCACAUAAGUAUAAGUAUUCAACUCGAGUGUGCAUGCGUGUUGCGUAAAGAGUUUAUAACAUAAUCCGAGCACUUGAAUGUUGUGCGAGCGAAACCCUUACGGUGGCGUGUGCUAGCAGGUUCUGCUUCCACAGUUAUGAUACCUCUAAUUUUCGGGUGACAACUCACCACAAGAGAUAAACCUAUACACACAAGUAUGCACAUGUGUACAUAUGAUUUAUAUACGUACAUUUUAUAUAUAUACAUGUAUGGAAUAGGGUUCUAGUACCGCAAAUAUGAACGCCAUACUCGCGCUGUGCAGCUUCUGCGAGGUUGACGGCCCCACCGUGCUUCUAUGUACACAAACAUAUCAUACGCGCCCUGGCAAUGGAGAUUCGAUAUCGACACAUACAGAUACCGAUGAGUCCGAUGAGAACUCGCCUGAUAUUGUUAAUCAAUCGGCACACACCUUAGUUAAUAGCACACCUGGCGACGAGUGUACUGAGAAUAAGGGGGUGCGUACAGUUACAAGAAAAGGCAGGUGGCGGAACCCAGGCUCGAAUGCAGGUGUCAGCACGACUGCUAAAAAUAGUAUCUCGGAGAUAGAGAAGAAUUGGGGUGUGGAUGGUUAUAAUAGUGGCUUUAAAGGUAUGAAUAGUGACUUGAAAGACGAAACUGGUAAAGCAGGGAAAGUAGACGAUGAUGGGGAGUGUGGGGAUAUAUGUGAGGAAGUACCGGGGGUCAAUAGUGGGUCAAAUCAGGGGCCUUUACUUGUCAGGCCCAGUGUCGGCAUAUCCAAAACCUAUACGUUAUAUAAUACAGGCGGAAUAAGCGGUCUUAAUGGAGAUACUAGAGAUAGCAAUGUGCCAAGAAACACACAAGGCAGCACCGUAAGCGAUGUAUUUGGCGGUCAAAGUAUAGGCGUUGGCCUUCGUAUGAAUACGAGCCCACGCACACGUGCACAUGCAUACAAACAUUCCUCAGGCACAAGCAUGCAACCCACGAACAGCGGCGGAGCGAACAGGAAUAUGCGGACGAAUCCAUACUUCGACCCUUAUGGCGAGGAUGAAAAUAUGGAGUGUGUGCGUGAUUUGGAUGAGAGAUCUGUGUUCAUGGGGCCUUUCGGGACACAACGCUCGCAUGCCGUAUCGUAUGGAGACGGCAUGGGCGAGGGCAGGCGAGAUACAAAUGUGAGUUAUAAUGACAAAGACAGCUUUACGGGCAUUAGAGGAAACGACUUUCCGAAUCGCCACAGCGGUGCGCAUCUGGACGGAUCAAUGUCUCCACAGCAACGGGCGCGCAAUGUUAUUAAAAGCAACCCAUUUCAGAACAGAUAUACUGAUAUGCACGGUGGUCUUGGUUCUACAGUACAGUCGAGUAGUUAUUAUAACACGCUAGAUGACAAGAAAGACACCAACAAGUGGGAAGCGAAUAGAGAGAACGAAGAGAUGCAGCGUACUGCAGGUACGAGGCCAAGAGAGCCUCGCAGCACGUCCACACCGAAUGCCACAGGUGCUGGUAUGCCAAAAAUAGAGCCUACUCCCGUUGACAAGGCACACCAAGCGACGCGGUUGACUAAUCCUGUCACGGGAGAUGGUACACGUGUGAUGCUGCCCAUCUUCCAGCCAACUGCGGAUUUGACUGAGAAUGACAGCACAGAAGUUAGCGAAGAAUUUCGGACCUUUGAGCGCAUACAGGCCCCAGAUACCAAUGCACGCGCCAAAAAGGGACCAGU